CCCCGCACCUCUUAAAAUCAAUUAAUAUCAUUCCACUGGGCAGUUUAACACAACUUGAAAUCACUUGGGUAAAAAUUAUAGAACUUUCAGUUAAAUCAACCGGAAAACUUAAACUUUGUCUUAUUUUGAAAACCAUCAGCUGCGAAAAGCAACAAAAUAUCAUAUGGCACAGUCAUUUCAUCUGCCAGUGUUUCAAAACAUGACCAACUCUUGGCUAGUCGGCAGCGGUGGUAUGAGCACAAUGGAUAAACGAAUACAUGCCUCGAAUAACUUGGUGGGUCUCUGUUCGGAAAACAGUGAGCACAUUUCAAUUUCAUCACACAGCUCCAGCCCAGUGGACGAACCGAUUGCUCGCCAGUUGCCAUACAACUCUUCGCUCAAUUUGGACCAACAUAUUCUUAAAUCGAACCCUCACUUUCAAGACACGAACCCGGAAAGUAACUUGGCGGUCGCUAACUUCAAUUUUGAUCGAAACCCACAUGGUUCGAAUAACAAUCAGUCGUUUCAAAAUUUGAGCUCGGGGUACAAUAUGAACGGCAGCUUCGGUCACGCUUCCACUUCUCGGAAGCACACAGUAUCGCCGCAUACUCCAGUUAUGAAUACAGCUGGCUUCACUGGCGAAGGUGGGAUGGUGCCUACAGGCGUCGGUUCGAAUCUGGGCGGGGGAAAUUUAGAUUCGCUCAUCCCGUCCAUUGGUAGACAUCCUCAUCCACACCUCAACCCAUAUUCUUUUUCCGCCGCUGCUUUCCCACCAUCAAACUGCAGUGCUACUUUCAGUGAGCUGUCAAUCAUCAGGCCAACGCAAAAUCAAAAUGCAGAUUUGGGAGACGUCCUUCUUUCUCUAAAACAGACAACUCUUCAUCCAAACCCAACAGCCAUACAAGCCUCCAUUGGAACCACAGAUCCGAUUGGAUCUAACGCCUCUGCAGGCUUCAGCGGGCAGGGCACACUUUCAGCACAGUCUUUUCCCAGAAACCAACAAACAAGUCCAAGUUCAAACCCAAAACUUGCCCAUAUUCAGAACGGACUCAAUAAUAUGCAGCAGCAAGUGAUGUCACCGAACUCGCCAUACAGCGCGAGAGACCUCUAUAGAUACCAGUACCCGUACGCAACCCUGCUCAGAAAUCAACGUUAUUUUCCUCAGGUUGGCAACAGCAACAAUAACAACAAUGCCACGUUCGCUGAUUAUAGCUCAAUUGCUACCACUGGUUGUAUAAAUCUUCCGCCCGAAUACUCUUCUAACUCUUGUACACGAAACUUGACGCAGUUUGAGCCAUUGGGUUACGGAAAUGAUGCAACUAAAAAUCUUCUGCUGAAUAACGAGCGGUUCAGAGGAAAGCCGAACAUUUGUCACGUUUGUGGAAAGACAUAUGCGAGGCCGAGCACGCUCAAAACUCACUUGAGAACACACAGUGGCGAGAAGCCUUUUAAAUGUACCGACUGUCCCAAGUCGUUUUCUCAAGCGGCCAAUUUAACCGCACACUUGCGAACACAUAAUGGCGAAAAACCGUUCAAGUGUGAACUGUGUGAUCGGAGGUUCAGUCAAAGCUCGUCGGUUACGACUCACAUGCGAACACACACAGGUGCUCGGCCGUACCGAUGCCGAAUGUGUCACAAGUCCUUCUCGGACAGUUCGACGCUGACGAAGCACGUUCGGAUCCACAGCGGGGAGAAGCCGUACUCGUGUCAUAUGUGUUUCCUCCGCUUCUCUCAGUCGGGAAACCUCAACAGACAUAUGCGAGUACAUCAACAACAGAACCAAGUGUGAACAACCAUCUGCUAAUAAAAGACGAAGCAGAAAUUUGGUACAUUAA